GCUGUAUAAGAGUUCUUUAAAGGGGUGGUUGGUAUUCCUCCUGAAGUCUUUUAAAUCUGUCAUUUAGCAAGAAAAAAAUUGUCAAUUAAAAUACAACAUACGAGUUAUUUUUUUGCUUUGUUUUUCAAUUAAAUCCAACAAGUAUUUUGAAAGAAAAAAAGGGAGAAACAAACCCUUUACUUCUUCUUCAAUAAAUUCCAAGAAUAUGGCUACAUCACCCCAUCCUUCAGCUGUCUCGGAUACAUUAUCGAGCAUUUCAACAAGCAAUAAAAUGGCAACAUCCCCGCGUUCAGCACCGGAUACAAUAUCCGUAUGCUCCACCGUGAGCGCACUAUCGAGCUGUCCGGAUAGGCAUGGCUUUUAUGGGGGUGUUCAGUUUACCGAUAAACCAAAAGCACCCCUUCCACGGUCACAGAUUUUGGCCAGAGAAAAGAAAUGGUUGCACAUGAUGGACAUAUGGAGGGAGUACAUGGCGAAGAAUUACAAAAAAGUCCGGGAGAGGUGUCGUAAAGGAAUUCCAGCAUCAGUGCGGCCACGAGCGUGGUUUUAUCUCUCAGGUGCGCAUCUUUUGCACGAAAAAUACCCAAAUUUGUAUGAGGAGCUUCUGAAAAUGCCGGGAAAUCAGCAAUAUAUUGAGGAAAUACGAAAAGAUCAGCACAGACAAUUUCCUUUCCACGAAAUGUUCCUCGAUGAGGAGAAACCUGGGCGAAUAGAGCUGUUCAAUGUUCUAAAAGCAUACUCAAUAUUCAAUCCACAAAUUGGAUAUUGUCAAGCACAAGCUCCCAUAGCUGCAUUCCUUUUAAUGUUCUUACCCGCCGAGCAAGCUUUCUGGUGUUUCGUCAGUGUUUGCGAUAAGUAUUUAAAGGACUACUUCAAACCUGGUAUGGAGAUGCUUCAGAGAGAUGCCGGCAUGUUGAUGGCACUUGUAAAGAAAACCUCCCCGAAUGUUUAUCGCCAUCUACAGAAGCAUAAAGUUGAGCCAUUGCUCUUCAUGACCGAUUGGUUUCUAUGUGCAAUGACGAGGACACUCCCCUGGGAUACACUGCUAAGAGUGUGGGAUUGCUUCCUGUGUGAGGGUAUUAAGAUACUCUUCAAGGUUGCCCUAGUAAUUUUGGGUGCAAGCUUAGGACCACGAAGUAUUAGGAAGGUCUGCAAUGAUCUAUGUGAGACACUUGAAGUGCUACGAUCACCACCAGAAAAAGUUCUCGAGGAAAAUUUUAUGAUGCACCAUGUAUUAAAUUUAAAUUUAUCCCGUGAAGAUUUCGAAAGGGAACACCAGAGGCAAGCUGAACUACGUCGAAGAGGUAAAAGUUCGUAGUUUUACAUUUUCUUCGCAAAGAAGUAAGUUUUUGAACGUAUUCUAAUUUGCAACAAUUAACACUUUCACCAUUUGUGCUCAAUAUCAAAUUUUACAGUGCAAAAAAAUGAAGAUAAAAUCAAUAUUAAAUGAUUUUUUAAGCUUCAAAAAAAACCUUCGCAAUAUAGAAUUUUUUUUCUUUUGAUUGUUGAUUCCAAAUGGUGAGAUUUUUAUACAUAAAAAAUAUUAUAUAUUCCUAACAAUUGUCGCUAUUCUAAGUCUAUAAAAAUAAUUUAAAAUCAUUUUUUUUUUUAAAUAUUUUCAAUCUAUAAAAUUACAUUUUAUUGUUAAUUCGAAUUCUUGAUGUGAAAUAAAAUCCGUAAUCACCAAUUUAGCAACACAUUUUUAAUUGUUUUGAAGUAUUAAAAAAUGAAUUAAUAGUCAUAAUAUUGCGUUAUACCAAGAAUUUAUGGCUCGUGGAAGGAUGUACUGUACAUAAAUAAAUCACAAUUUUUACGGAUAAUACAAAAUUUACUGUUUUUUGGUAGAUAAUAAAAUAAAAAUUAAACAGAUUUAUAACGUCUUUUUGUCAAAUUUUUUGUCUAAAUAAAUUAUAGUGAAUGAAA